CUUGUUCCUCGACGACGAUGAGCUCCGUCUCGCACGCAAGAGACAUCCAGCUCCUCGUCUUCGCUCUCGCACUCUUCUGGAUUGCGCUCUAUGCCUUGCGACACCGCCGCGCACGUGCGCGCCGCCUCUCGACGCUCCCGUCGCUGACGUCCUCGGCGCGCGGCCCAGCAUCGACGGAGCUCUUCAGGUCUCCCGCCACUCGGAUCACCCUGGACACUUGCCACCUCCGCUACUCGUCUACGGCGUGGAAUGCACUGCACCAGUCCUCUACAGCGCGGCUUGCGAAACGGGGCGGCUGGAGGAGGGUGCUGCAGCUUGCCUAUGACGUUGGGAGUGUGCUCGGGGUACUGGGUAUGCUUGGGUCAGUGCUGCUGCUCCUAUGGACGACUGUGCAGCUGUCUAGUUCGCUCUAUACACGCUCCGGGUACUCCCAUGCCUCAGGUGCCAGUGGGGUUCGCAAGAGGGAUAUUAUUGAAGAUGAUGGUCUGACUUCUGAGUCGCAUUCGGCGCCCGCGCUACAACUGAUCAUUCCAGGGCUCACCACGCCCUUGCACCAUCUCCCACUCCUCCUAAUCACUCUCCUCACCACGCAAGUCAUCCACGAAUGUGGACACGCAGUCGCCGCGGCAAUUGAUGCGCUCCCGCUUACCUCCGCAGGCGUCGGACUCACCGUCAUCCUCCCAUCCGCAUUCGUGGCGUUUCCGUCGGACGAGACCGAGGCGCUUCCCCCGCGCUCUCGUGCGCGCCUCAUCUCUGCCGGAGCGUUCCACAACCUCGCGUUCUGGCUCGCGCUGGGCUUCGCCGCGCGGCUCGGGACGUCCGCGCUCGUAUGGCCGGUACUCGGGUACCACGACGUGAGCCAGUAUGGACGCGUCGUCGUUGGGGUCGAUGAUAUGUCGCCUCUAUAUGGGCACUUGCCUGUGGGGGCGGUCAUCUACAAGGUCGGCGACGAAAUGCUCGCCGCACCGGAGGGCGCUGCGGAUAGGUGGGAUACGCUCAUGUCCGCCACCCCAAGCAAGUCCCAGCCCAGUCUCGGGUGGUGCGCCGAAGAGGCGUGGUUUACUUCGCAGGACACGUCCUGUUGCACGGCGCGCCGCGCCGCUGUGUCCUCGCUGUCGUGCUUCGCCGCAUUCGACGAGGCGCACACUGAGCGCUGCGUCGACCCGCUGCGCUUCUUGCAGCCCGCGGAGACGCAGAGCGUGCUCCGGUGCACGUCUGCGACGGAGUGUGGGCACGACCAACUGUGCAUACGGCCAAGAGGUGACCAGGAGCUCGUGACGCUGACGAUGCGUCUCCCGCCGUGGAUGCGCGCGAACGAGGCGGAUGCGGAGCGCACGGUCGUGUGGCAGGGCGACAGGUCGGAGGUCGCGGAGGAAGUCGACCUCGGGGACUGGCUCCCGAGCUACGGUUGGCAACCGAUGGGGCUCCCGUUUGUGUGGGGCACGCUCUUCUCAUAUAUGAAGAUGCUGACGCUCUCGCUGUACUUCUUCAACCUCCUGCCUUUGCCGGUCCUCGAUGGCGGGCAACUGUACGACACCUUGUACGAAGCCUGGGCAGCACACCCCUCUGAGGGGCGUGAGUUUAUGCCCUUAACCAGCAUGGAUGGUGCAGAGCGCGGCGAUGAUGUACCAGCGCGAACAGCGCAGGGUCGAAAUUGGCGAGAGAAGAGGACGCGGCUUAGGAGGGCCGUACACAUCGGUGUUUUCGCGCUACUGGGCCUGUGUAUCGUGCUUAGUUUGGUGAAUACAUACCUGUAACUGC